UUUGACAUCUUAUCAUCAACAACGCUAUCAGCGCGGAAACAGCGACAGUUCCUCAGCACAUUUUAAUCCGUUUGCAACCGUCUUUGAGAAUGAUACACAUCAAAUGUAAAGACACCAAUCUUGAUCCCAUUCCAGUCAAGAUUGGGAUUAUUGGCGGCUCUGGGCUGGAUGAUCCAGAUAUCUUGGAGCAGCGUCAGGAGAAGGUAAUUGAGACGCCAUACGGUUCUCCAUCGGAUGCGCUGAUUGAAGGCGAAAUCGGAGGUGUACAGUGUGUGUUAUUGGCCCGUCAUGGUCGCAAACAUGAUAUAAUGCCAUCCAAUGUUAACUAUCGCGCCAACAUUUGGGCUCUGCGUCAGGUGGGCUGCACACAUCUCAUAGUGUCGACGGCUUGCGGCUCGCUCAGAGAGUCCAUUCAGCCGGGCAACUUGGUGGUGCCACACGACUUUAUAGAUCGCACCACGAAGCGAAUGCAGACCUUCUACGAUGGCGAGCACGCCGGAGUGAAUGGUGUCUGUCAUUUGCCCAUGUAUCCGGCCUUUUGUGAGCGAACGCGCAAGGUGCUGCUCGAUGCGGCAAAGGAGUUAGAAUAUGCAGCGCACGAUAAGGCCACGAUUGUUACCAUAGAGGGCCCGCGCUUCUCCUCCCGUUCCGAGAGCAAUAUGUUCAGACAGUGGGGCGGUGAUCUUAUCAACAUGACAACCUGCCCAGAAGUUGUGCUGGCCAAGGAAGCGGGUCUGUUGUACGGCUCGGUCGCAAUUGCCACCGAUUACGAUUGCUGGCGCAUGGGCUGCGAAGGUGUCAACGUGCAGGACGUGCUCAAGACCUUUUCCGAGAACGUGGUUAAAGUGAAGCAGAUUCUAGUGAAUGCCGUUGGACGCAUCGCCAAGGAGGACUGGUCCGAGGAUAUCCUAAAUGCCAAGCAAUGCGUCUGCAACAACACCAUGUCCGGUACCAUGUGACGCCUUUUAAAGCUCUGCACCGAAAUAACCCGAGAUACCAUCAGGCGCAGAAAGCCUCUCGUGAUGCCGGGUUAUUAUAAGAACUCGAAGAAGCGCGAGCCAAAACUUCACUCCAUUUCCAUUGCCUAUGAACUAGAGCCGGGCAGCGGACGACGAGAAUUUACCAUCAAACCAGAAAAUCAAGCCCAUACUCCGUCAGCUCAAUCCUAAACAUAAACAUUUCCGCACAACGAAUAAUUUUAAUAAUCUAAAGCUUUUGGCAUGUGAUGUUUUAGCAUUUAUCUGGAAAAGUCUAAUAAACUAAACACAUUUCAUCGAACUUAAGAGUUUAAGCUGUAACU